UCGGAGACUAAUCUCUUUGAUUGCUUUAAGAAGAAUAAGAAACCGGCGAAGACUGCCGUCCAGAACAUGAGUCUACUGCUAGAAUCGGGUCAUAUAUUCGGACUCCUGGGACCCAACGGUGCCGGGAAGACGACGACAAUGAAGAUAAUGAUUUGCGAAGAGAUACAAACCGCCGGAAACUUUAUGAUCAGUGGCCACAAAGUGAAAGCUUCCGACUCGGAUGUGUUCAAAUUGAUUGGCUAUUGUCCGCAACACGACGCCCUCUGGAAGGAGAUCACCGUCAAAGAGCACAUGAGUCUGAUCGCAGCUAUUCGUGGUAUUCCCGACGAUCGGAUCCAAAGGAUUUGCGAGAAUUAUAUCGAAAACAUGAGAAUUACUGAACACAAGGAUAAGAAGAGUCAAGAGUUGUCCGGAGGAACCAAACGGAAA